AUGUCACUGCUCGAUGAACCUGUCCCACAAGAUGACUUGAUGCGCGACCGGACGCGCAUCUUUGAAGAAUUUCUCACCUCCGAGUCUCCCCUCUACAACUACAAAGAUGACAUUCAUCGCAUGCUUCGUCUGGACCAGACGCGUCUCAUCGUUAACAUAGAUGAUCUCCGUGACUAUCGACGCGAAUUUGCUGACGGGCUUCUCAAGCAACCAGUCGAAUAUCUUAGCGCCUUUGAUGAUGCUCUCGUCACUGUCGUGCAGCAGGUAUUUGACUCAGAAAAACACGAGAUUGAGGGAAAGGGAUAUCGCAUUGGUUUCAGAGGAUCUUUUGGUGACCAUCACGUCAGUCCACGCACCCUCCGUGCAUCACAUCUUGGACAAAUGAUUUCCCUUGAGGGCAUCGUGACGCGUUGCUCUCUAGUCCGUCCAAAGAUGCUGAGCCUCUUUCAUGCACGGGAAUAUCGUGAUGCCACCUCGUCCACUUCCAAUCUUCCACCGACAUCGGCUGUGACCCCACAGACAGAUGAUGAGGGACAUCCUUUGCAGAUGGAGUAUGGCUUUUCCACCUUUCGAGAUCAUCAGCGCAUCAGUAUUCAAGAAAUGCCCGAGCGAGCACCCGCUGGGCAGUUGCCCCGGAGCACAGAUGUCAUACUGGAUGAUGACCUCGUGGAUGAAUGCAAACCCGGCGAUCGCAUUCAGAUGGUUGGAGUCUAUCGCAGUACUGGUGGUACGAAUGGAACGUUCAGGACCGUCAUCCUAGCGAGCAACAUCAUACUGCUGUCCUCCAAAGCUGGAGGGGGCAUCGCUCAGACGCCUCUCACGGAUUCGGAUAUUCGGACAAUCAAUCAUCUAGCGAAGCACGAGAAGAACAUUUUCGAGCUGCUUUCUCAGUCACUUGCUCCAUCGAUCUAUGGUCACGACUAUAUCAAGAGGGCCAUCCUUCUCCUGCUUCUAGGUGGUGCAGAGAAAAAUUUGCCAAAUGGCACACAUAUCCGAGGUGAUAUCAACUUGUUGAUGGUGGGCGAUCCGUCAACUGCCAAGUCGCAGUUACUGCGCUUCGUGCUCAACAUCGCCCCACUCGCCAUUGCAACGACCGGACGAGGUAGCUCGGGCGUCGGUCUUACAGCGGCUGUUACUACCGACAAGGACACCGGCGAACGCCGCUUAGAAGCUGGGGCUAUGGUGUUGGCCGACAGAGGCGUCGUGUGCAUCGACGAGUUCGACAAGAUGUCGGAUAUUGACCGAGUGGCCAUCCAUGAAGUCAUGGAGCAACAGACCGUUACGAUCGCAAAGGCGGGCAUUCACACCAGUUUGAAUGCACGGUGUAGUGUCGUUGCUGCGGCGAACCCGAUUUAUGGCCAGUACGACAUUCACAAAGAUCCGCACAAGAAUAUCGCCCUUCCGGACUCGCUUCUGUCUCGUUUUGAUUUGCUCUUCAUCGUCACAGAUGAUGUGGAAGAAGUACGAGAUCGCAUGAUCGCUGAUCAUGUCCUCCGGAUGCAUCGUUAUAUCCCUCCUGGAGUGGAAGAGGGCACGCCGGUGCAAGACGUCCUCUCACAGCAUCUGUCUAUCGAUGGGCCAAGCACCAAUCCUGAUGGUGAAGCAGUAGAGACCAGCGCCUUUGAGAAAUUUGAUCCAUUGCUCCACAUUGGCGUACAGGGUGCCGCUCCAAAGACAAGGGCAAAAAGCAAAAAGAUGCGAGUGCUCAGCAUGGCUUUUAUUAAAAAGUACAUCCAGUAUGCGAAGAGCAAGCCACAGCCGGUGCUCACGAAGGGUGCGGCGGACUUAAUCGUCACUGUGUAUGCACAACUGAGAAAUCAGAGCGAGGAGGAAGGCAAGAAGCGGACAUCGCCUCUUACGGCGCGUACCCUGGAGACGCUGAUCCGCAUGGCUACUGCUCACGCGAAAGCGCGCUUGUCGCCCAAAGUCGAGAGCACAGACGCAUCGGCAGCGGAAGCAAUUAUGCGGUAUGCCCUGUUUAAGGAUGUUCCCAACCGGCAGCGGCGCAAAAAACGAAAGCUCAAUAACGGUGGAGCUUUACGGCGGGGCGAUAACGACAGCGGCGAAGAGGGUGAAGAGGACGAAGAGGAAGAGGCCACGGAGGACGAAGAGGAACCUAAACGGAUGACCGAGAUGCCCCUCAAGGAUGAUCUUGUCAAGUCGGCUGCUUCGGGACCGGGAUCGCCUCGUUACCAAGGUGCUGUCGACAGAGAAGGCUCGCAGACUGUACAUAGGACCACGCAAGACCUAGACAUGGACGACGAGACACUAGCUGGAACAAAUGAAGCCGGGGCUAUCCGCCCUGAAAGACUUCAGCUCUUCCGGACUAGGUUGGCAAAACUCUGGGCUACGACAAUGCAGGAUGACGAUACAGUAUUCCUUGCGGAUCUUGUUACUGCGGUCAAUACCGGACUAGACACAGACUCGCUGUUCGGGACAGCCGAGGCCACGGCGGCUUGUCAGGUCAUGACAGAUGCGGAAGAAAUCAUGCUCAGCGAGGGCAUCGUAUAUAAGCUUUGA